GGAAGGGCGGCCGCGGGCCUUUUCCUGUGGGAGCCGGGGCGCCGCGAGGACCGGACGGUGGCGGCGGCGGCGGCGGCGGCGGCAGCCGGAGCCAGAGAACGGACGAUCGAGAUGGCCGAGUGGGAGACAGCGGCGCCGGCCGUGGCCGAGACCCCGGACAUCAAGCUGUUCGGGAAGUGGAGCACGGAUGACGUCCAGAUCAACGACAUCUCCCUCCAGGACUACAUCGCCGUGAAAGAGAAAUAUGCCAAGUACCUGCCCCACAGCGCGGGCCGCUACGCGGCCAAGCGUUUCCGCAAGGCGCAGUGCCCCAUCGUGGAGCGGCUGACCAACUCCAUGAUGAUGCACGGACGCAACAACGGCAAGAAGCUCAUGACCGUGCGCAUCGUCAAACACGCCUUUGAGAUCAUCCACCUCCUCACCGGCGAGAAUCCCCUGCAGGUGCUGGUGAACGCCAUCAUCAACAGCGGCCCCCGCGAGGACUCCACCCGCAUCGGGCGAGCGGGGACGGUGCGGAGGCAAGCCGUAGACGUGUCUCCCCUCAGGAGGGUCAACCAGGCAAUCUGGCUGCUCUGCACCGGGGCCCGCGAGGCCGCCUUCCGCAACAUCAAGACCAUCGCCGAGUGCCUGGCCGACGAGCUCAUCAACGCCGCCAAGGGCUCCUCGAACUCCUACGCCAUCAAGAAGAAGGACGAACUGGAGCGUGUGGCUAAAUCCAACCGCUAAAGCCUUUUCCCCCAGGGGGAUUUGCUUGAAAAUAAAUACCGAGCACCCACCCCCGUUGGGGGGCCGCAUCCACUCC